AUGACGGAAACGGUCGUGGCAGCGGGCCCGCAAAGGGGCCACGGAGGCACUAAAUGUGCUACCGCACAGGCUAUUGCCAGCGCUAUUCCAGGCCCGCCAUCCGCUGGACAGGGCAAGCUGCAGGGGCCUUCGGGGCAUCCUGGGCGCCAUCCAGGGCAGCCGCUGGGGGUUUCAGCAGCGCUGGCCGGCUCGGCGUCAGCGCUGUCGGCAAGUCGCCGUCACACAACGAGCUCCACUAAAGCCACUGAAGCCACGGCAUGUUCCACUGAAACUGCCGCUGAAAGGGUCGUCUCGAGUGCUGCUGGAUCUGCAGCUGCCCGCCUCGCCAAAACUCGUCUCCCCAUCUCGACUCUCCCCAGCCCGAGCCCGAGCGUGUCGACAUCGACAGCUCAAAGGUCCUCGCUGCCCUCGCCGCUUCUCCAUCGCCGACCUAGGUCCUACCUCCAGCCGCGAACCUGUCUCGCCGCAUCCAACCUCGACCGCGCCUCUCGUCCUCCAUCGCAGCCCUCUGCUGCUGCUGCUGCUGCUGCCACCGCCCACCGUGCUCGCCGCGCAUCCGACGACUCGGCUGUCUCGCUCGGCGACCACAGCAGCUCGCCUCCGCUGGGCUCCUCACCUCCAUCUAGCGUUGGGCAAGACAUUCAGGCACCGUCGCCAUACACGCCCGUAUUUUGUGCGAGCCCUCCCCGUUCUCGUUGGCAUCGCCAGCGCGCCUCGUCCUUUGACCUUCCGCCCACUGCCAGACCGCGCCCGCGAGCCUACUCUGAUCAGGGUCCGCGUCCCGACGUCUCCCGUCCACCGCAAGCCUUUAACCUCCGCAGGUCAUCGAAUCCUGAACCGCCGGUCGGUUCUGAUUCGCGCCUGUCGCCCGCCUCGUCUCACUCGAGCCUCCGUUCGAGAUCCGCUCGCCAGCCCGCCUCCUUCAGCGCCAAGGGCAUCUCGACCCUCUCCGGCCCGCCGCCGUCCAUCAACGGCCGUCUGCUCCAGGUUGCCGGCGACGACGCCAACUUUGCGGCCCUCCAGCAACAACAGCAACACCAGCACCACUACCAGCCGCGCCUCAUCUCGGGCACCCGACAGCUUCUGCCCCUCAAGACGGCCGCCAAGUCCUCGACUCCCGAUGAACCCCGGCGCCGCUCCCUCCAGACACAAUCGUACCGGCUGUCGCUGACCGGCUCCCUGCCCACAAACGCGACGCCCAUCCGUGUACCUCCCAUUCGCUCUUUUCGGUCCUCAGGCUCCCGCAGAAGCCUCAACAGCCCCGAUAUGAACUUUACGCCCCGUCCCUACGACCUCAACGAGAGUGCUGGCGCUCCCCUUUACGACGAAGAUCUCGCCCGCACUGCCGCUGGCCCCGAUGCCCUCUACGACAGACAGUCCAGGCUCAUGACGCCGCCUGUCUCGAGCCAUCAAGGCGUUACCGGCGAAGACUCCGGCGACGUCUUUUUGCGACUGGCCCGAGAAGAGGCCGUAAACCGCACCACCAAUGGCCGGACCCCAGACGGCACCUACAGCCCAGUGUCUGCUACGCAUCGCUCAUGGCAUCGCCGACCACUGUCCACAAACCUCGCCUCAUACCAGCCGAUAUCCCCGCCAAAGUUGAGGCGCAGACUUUCUGACCAGCAGGAGCGCCCGAAUUUGAGCAGCCUGGAGGAUGACCAAACUAGCCAGGCAUCUCGCGUACUGCAAUAUCGCCCCAUGAGCAGAGAAAAGGCGGCAUCUGCUCAUCCUGGCGAAUUUGCAAGCCAAUUUGCUCCCUCGACUCGAACUCACCGCCCACCCCCCUUGUCUUCGCGCUCUACCGUCUAUCACGACAACUCAGACAGCUAUCGCCAUGGUCGCCGCCGAUCCUCCGUUACAGAAAGCACCCCACCCAUCUCUGGCAGAGGGCAGUCCUACAAAACCGGCCCUGUGUACAACUACUCCAAGACGUACAACUCCUCGCCGUUAAUUCGGUCCUUUGACCUACCUCCACCGCAACCUCAAGAACACCAAAAUGGUGUGGACGGCACAGAAUCCACAGCCUCAACCACGGCGCCCUCUACGGUAUGGGAUGAGCUCGAUGAGCUGAAGUGGAGACUGAGCCGCCUUGAAACGGUGAAGCCGCCUUCUACAUCUGGUGCUGCCGUGACGAAGAUGCCAGAGGAGCGCCCUGUCACAGCCAAUACUAUAGCAACGACGGCUUCAAUGUCACCAAAGCGCCAAGUCCAUGUCCAUGCUGAAGAGACAGACUCAGUCUCCACGCAAAAAGAUGUCUUUCCGAACCUGCAAAAUGCCCUUGCUAACUGCAGGCAGAACCUGAGCCCUGCAAUCUUCCAGGCUUUGGACUAUGUUGCACAGGAUGCGCUGGGUUUGUCUACAGCCAUGAGCCAAGCACCGAUGCCUAGUGGCGCUGGCGCUGUCGCUGACCGCCAGCUACGACGCAAGGCUGAGAGCGUGUGCCAAAGCCUCACUGAGCUUUGCAUCACCCUCAACGACGACGCUGCAUAUAGAGCUGGUACAAGCCAACAGCAGGCGCAAUCAGCCGUACCAGGAACACCGUCAACACCGACGCUUCCCAAAUCGCAUAGCAGCGGCCUACCUGUUUCUCGACGCUCUAGCGUAGUAGAGAGUAACAUUCCACUGUCGCAUACGAGCCCGAGGGUUAUUUCCAGGUUUGAGGAGCGCCGCAACUCUCUCCUACACGGAUCGGGUCCUCCAGUAUCUCUGCAUUCAAACCCAAAUGCUCCCAUGCUCAACGAAAACGGCCUCGGCCGCCAUUCUUCUCUCCUCGUGUCUCGCACGCGCCAGUCUCGCCAGGAAGAACUGGAAGACGGCAGAGAGUCGGUGCUGUCGAGAAAUCGCCGCGCCAUGACGGAAGAACCCGACGACGGCCGCCGGAGCACCUUUUUCGUCCGCAGUCGUCGCGGCACGGCGGAAGACAUGGACCAGCCGCUUUCUCGGUCGCCGACGCGACGCACCAUGACCAUGGCCUACCAGCGCGCCAACGAGAAUGCCAUUGAGAUGGAUGGCCCGGACAGGCAAGACACCUCGUCGGUGGUGUCGUCGGCCGCGGGAUCGCGUCGCCGCUUUGUCUCGGAGCUGCACGCAUCCCGAUUGGCCGGACCAUCUGGAUUCAGUCCCGCAACGCCGACCAGAAAGUACUUGGAGCGAGCUGUGCCGACGCGCGAAGGCGCCGGCACGCCAUCUUCGAUGGACCACCGCCUCUCGCGCCAUGUCUCGAUGCACAAUCGGGCGGGCAGCCAGCCACGCACGAACCGCGAUAGUAUGCUUCCUCGACCGCCAAGCGGCAAUGUGGUCUCGGAGGGAUCGCAAUGA